AGCAGCCCUAGUUCUAGUAGAGAUUGGGGCCGGUUGGGCCGGCUAUCUCGGGUUAGGUUGGGAUGAUAGCUGGGUCCACAAAACGGAUUUAUAAGUGUUUGUUUGGAACACAGGAGAUAUUUUCCCGAGAAAAGUCUCCCGAAUCGAUUCUCAGAUCCUCAUAAUUCAUGAGCGAGGUUUAAAUUCCACAUGCUCGAGAUCAACAAAGAAAUCCAUUGCAGAAGCAGGUAUCUUAAGUAAAUUGAGAGGUCAUCCCAAGAGAUUACAGCGAUGGGCACCUCAGAAGCAGUUCUACCAUCUUUAUCCACGGCAGUUCCUCACCUUUCUCAUUCUAAACCAUGUUUGAACAGUUUAAACUCAAUGCUUCAUCUUAAAUCUGGUAUUAAUUCUAGAAGGAAAAGAGCAUUAGGAUAUAUGCGAUUACUGAACUGUUCAAGAAUGUUAAGGAAUUGCAGGAGGGUCUAUUCAAUUCAGGGUAUAGAUGGUUUUUCCCAUGGGAAAACCAAAAUUAGCCGUCUAGAGUCUGUAAGUUGCAAGGGCCAACAGGCCGAAAGUGUUAGUGGGAUAACUGCAGAGGAUGGACAUGGCACCAUUAUUGCACCAAAAAUUAAAGAGUUUGAAAUGGUUGAACCAAUGAGACACGAAAAAGGAGGUUUUGCAUCAAAUGGUAAGUUUGCUGCUGGAGGAACAAUUAAUGAUACAUUAGGAAAGGCCAGCAUAGAUUCCAUUGAAGAUGAAGCAUGGAACCUACUAAGGGAAUCAAUUGUUUUCUAUUGUGGUUAUCCUAUCGGAACCAUUGCUGCCAAUGACCCAAGUAAUUCCAGUAGUCUAAACUAUGAUCAGGUCUUUAUUCGUGAUUUUAUACCUUCUGGCAUAGCUUUUCUCUUGAAGGGAGAGUAUGAUAUCGUACGGAGCUUCAUCCUUCACACCCUUCAAUUGCAGAGCUGGGAGAAAACCAUGGAUUGCCAUAGUCCUGGACAAGGACUGAUGCCUGCCAGUUUCAAGGUGCGCACUGUUCCACUUGAUGGUGAUGAUUCUGCAACUGAAGAUGUAUUGGAUCCUGACUUUGGUGAGGCAGCAAUUGGCCGUGUUGCACCCGUUGAUUCUGGGUUGUGGUGGAUUAUAUUGCUGCGAGCAUAUGGAAAAUGUUCUGGAGAUCUUUCAGUUCAGGAGAGAUUUGAUGUGCAAACUGGAAUCAAGAUGAUUUUAAAGUUAUGCCUUGCUGAUGGUUUUGAUAUGUUUCCAACUUUAUUGGUGACGGAUGGUUCUUGCAUGAUAGAUCGCCGCAUGGGAAUUCAUGGCCAUCCUUUAGAAAUUCAGGCACUGUUUUAUUCAGCAUUACUUUGUGCACGAGAGAUGCUUGCUCCUGAGGAUGGAUCAUCUGCCCUCAUCCGAGCACUUAAUAAUCGUGUAGUUGCAUUGUCAUUCCACAUCAGGGAAUAUUAUUGGAUUGACAUGAGAAAACUCAAUGAAAUUUACCGUUACAAAACAGAGGAGUACUCAUAUGAUGCAGUUAACAAGUUCAAUAUCUACCCGGAUCAGAUUCCUCCCUGGCUGGUGGAAUGGAUGCCCAGUAAAGGAGGCUAUUUAAUCGGGAACUUGCAACCAGCACAUAUGGACUUCCGUUUCUUUUCUCUUGGAAACCUGUGGUCUAUUGUAAGCAGUCUUGCGACAACGGAUCAGUCACAUGCCAUGUUGGAUCUUAUUGAAGCGAAAUGGUCAGAACUAGUGGCAGAUAUGCCGUUCAAGAUUUGUUAUCCUGCAUUUGAAGGUCAGGAAUGGCGAAUCACCACAGGCAGUGAUCCCAAGAACACUCCUUGGUCAUACCAUAAUGGAGGCUCGUGGCCAACUUUGCUCUGGCAGCUCACUGUGGCUUGCAUAAAGAUGAACAGACCCGAAAUUGCUGAAAAAGCUGUUAAAAUUGCCGAGAAACGCAUAUCUAGAGACAAGUGGCCUGAAUAUUACGACACCAAACAAGGCAGAUUCAUUGGGAAACAGGCACGCCUGUUUCAGACCUGGUCAAUUGCAGGAUAUCUCGUCUCAAAGCUCCUCCUUGCCAACCCGGAUGCUGCAAACAUUCUUGUAAACAGAGAGGAUUCAGACCUUGUAAGUGCCUUUUCUAGCAUGCUUAGUGCCAACCCAAGGAGGAAACGCGACUGGAAAGGAUUAAAACAGAAGUUCAUAGUCUGAACUUCUAUUAGGGAGGCCUCAAUGUGAAGUGGAUUAUCCAAGCAUCUGGGUCUUUGUCUAUAUUAGACAUGUUUUGCUGAGCAGGGUUUGUAUGUUUAUUUUCAUAGCAUUCAUCGAAUAAACCACAUUAAUUGCUUAUGCUUUGUCUAAUCUGAGUCCGUAACUCAACUUUCAGAGGAAUUCAGUUGAUGUAAAAAUAUAUAUAAAAAAUAAAAAAAUCAUGUUUCUCAUGAUGUAUUAUUAA